AUGAAGUUUUCUUGUGCAUCCUUGGUGUUGUUCACUGUUAGUUUUACCAGUCCCGUUGUCUUUUCAUGGGGGUCUAAAGGUCACGAAAUAAUUGGAGCGAUUGCAUCCGAGUUUUUGACUUCAAAUGGUACAGAAUUUGUUCGUCAAAUACUUCCUGGAGAGACUUUAAAAUCUGUUGCGACAUGGGCUGAUAUUGUCAAAGCCCAAAAGCGAUACAAAUUCACCAGAAACUUUCAUUACAUCAACACUAAUGAUAAUCCACCCAAAAAUUGCAGCUUUGAUGAUAUGCGUGAUUGCAAAGACGGUCGUUGUCUUGUUGGUGCAAUCGCAAAAUACACAAACGAAUUUUUAUGUUCUAAAAAAACAUCCCUUUUGGAUAAGGGCAUCGCUCUCAAGUUUCUUGUGCACUUUAUAGGUGACCUUUCACAGCCACUUCAUGUUAGUGGUCGAGAAUACGGUGGUCAUAAAACCCAGGUGAAAUAUAGAGGUAGAUCAGUUACGCUGCACUCUAUAUUUGAUCACCACAUUCCAAAGGGACGAAUCAGGAAUUUUAAUGGAAGCGAAUAUCACUAUACUGAUUAUCUGGUACGCGUAAUCCAUCAAGAGCAAAACAAAGGAUUACAUACUAGCUGGCUUACAUCGUACAAUGUUUUUGAUCAAAGCAAACUCGGAAACUCGAUGGCAGCUAUAGACUUUGCGCGCGAUUCCAACCGUUUAUCUUGUACAGGUAUUUGGUCAGCAUAUGAUGCUAAUCCACGACAGGAUUUUAGUUAUCAAUACUAUCGUUAUGGAUCGACAUUGGUGGAUCGACAAUUGGCAAAGGCUGGAUAUCGGCUAGCGUUCUGGAUCAAUCAGUUGUCAUUGAUGACACAGGACGACCAAUACUGCCUUAGUGCAUCUCUGAGAUUGCCCAUUUUAUACAGUGUAUGGCUUGGUUUGGCGAUUCAGGUUAUGUUCAUGCUAGUAUUUUGAUUGAUUGUCUUGACGUAAAAUCAAUCACCCAAA